AUGAGUUUGUUUCAUCUGGGUCAUGUGAAAAAUCUGGCUAACAGAUUAGCCAAAAUGUCCGAAGAGGAUCGGCAACGUUAUCUUCAACACAAAGCCGACCAAGAAGAGGAACUUCGACGUAGAAAAGAACAACUAAUCAACACUUUCCUCAAAAAUAAAAUCAAGCGCGAAGAUGCAUUCGCCCGAUUAAACGUUGCAAAAUUGAAUGAGAAUUGGCACCAGAUUCUGCGAAAAAUCAAAUGCACGGAAAUGAAAGAAGAGGUCAAUUUUAUGAAGGAGUAUAUUGAUAGAGUAUUGGAGUUUAAAAAUCGUACAAAAAACCUCCUUGCAGAACUAGAGGAAGCCGAAGAGCAAUACACUAACAAUUUACAAUCACACUUGACCUACAUCAACAAAACAAUAGGCAAUUAUUUUAGUAAGCAAACGUUGGAUGACAUGCAUGAAGAAUACGACGAAGAAGCAGAAAAACGUAUCACAGAAGCAACCGCCGAACGAAGGGCGAUACUACAAGCUGCCUAUGAGCAGGAACUCCAUCUGAAGACGUUGUGCUAUCAGUUCGAUGGGAAGUCCAAAAGCGAAUUUCGUGAAAACUACGAUUACUACUUCAAAAUUGCCAGCGACGAGAUGCAAAAGAAUGCGAAAGAGUUCAAAGAGAUGCGCAACGAUAAAGAGAAGCAAAUCACACAGCUUUGGUUACAAAUCGGUAAAUUUAUUAAAACUUACAUAGAAAAACUGAUAAGAGUAUAUCACCACACUAAAAGUGAUUUUCUGAAGCACAAAACCAGUACAUUUAAGAAGUUGCAAGAGGACGAAGGAAAUAUACAGUUGUUAACCAAAGUAUCAAACGAAAGUAUCCAAGCGCUUCAAAAACAGCUGGACAAGGGUGAGAAAAUCAUGCAAUUAUCAUUAAUAUGCCGCAAAUUUGAGACAGAAGAGGAAACCGCUACACGCUUCACCACCAUCUCGCAUCUCGACGACGAGCAGUCUCAGUUUGCUGAAGAGCCAUCAAGUCCCAGUAUUGACGAUGUAACACCCAUCACUCUGGACGAGAGCGUCGAUCUGGGCGAGCAUUUCUCGCGCGUCAAACAAAUGGACAACUUCUGGCGCUAUUACAACAAGAUGCUCAUCAAGGUGAUGGCCAUGAGGAAGCUGAAAACCGAUUUGCUGCAACAAAAUAAGGAACUUAAGGAGCAAAUUAAGCGUGAGAUGGAGGUGCGUGUGGACCAGACACUCGACGAAACACAACUAAGAAACGCCAAAGAAGCCCAGAAGAGUUUGUUCGUUCUGUGUGCGUCCGCCACUUUAGUUAAGACAAACUAGCCAUCUCAAACAAGAAAUAAAAUCAAAACAGAAAAAUGUACACUAGAACUAGGUUGAAUGUUACAAUAUCACGCUUCUAA